AUGGGACAAGCUGUCUUCCCUGUGGGCCCUGUGAACACCUCCCAUGGGGGGAUCUACAGAUGCUAUGGUUCUCACAGCUCCUACCCAUAUGCGUGGUCACACCCCAGCCACCCUCUGCAUCUCAAGGUGACAGGCGUGUACAGGGAGCCCUCACUCUCAGCCCAUCCUGGCUCCCUGGUGUUCUCUGGAGACAACCUGACCCUCCAGUGUCACUCAGAGGCUGGCUUUAAGAGAUUUGCUCUGAUGAAAGUCAAGGGGCUCACAACCCCCCAGCGUCUUCAUGGGCAGCAGAGACCCGACUUCCCCCUGGGCCAUGUGAACAGCACCCACGGGGGCCAGUACAGAUGCUUUGGUAGACACAACCUCUCCUAUGCGUGGUCACACCCCAGCGCCCCCCUGGACAUCCUGAUCGCGGGAGUGUAUGAGAAACCCUCCCUCUCAGCCCAGCCAGGGCCCUCAGUGUCCUGGGGAGAGAACGUUACUUUGCAGUGCCGCUCCGAGAUCUGGUUGGAUGCCUUCCUUCUGUCCAAGGAGGGGUCACUUGCUCCUCCCCAGCACCUUCGUCUGCAGGACAAGGCUCCACCCUUUCAGGCCAACUUUACCAUCAGUUCUGUGACCUCCGACCAUGAGGGGACUUACAGGUGCUACAGUUCAGACAGCACCUCUCCCUACCUGUUAUCAUCCCCCAGUAACCCCCUGGAGCUUCGGGUCUCAGUCUCCAGUCCUAGUAGCCCCUCACCCAGAAAGACCACAUGA